GUGUCGAGCGCCGAGUUCUGCGAACCAAACUGAGUGAGGGACGGCUGGGGCGGCGCAGUCUCGUGGGCGACAUGAGUUUGGCUGGGGGCCGGGCCCCUCGGAAGACCGCUGGGAACCGGCUUUCUGGGCUCCUGGAGGCAGAAGAGGAAGAUGAGUUCUACCAGACGACUUAUGGGGGUUUCACUGAGGAAUCUGGAGAUGAUGAGUACCAAGGAGACCAGUCAGACACCGAGGAUGAGGUCGACUCGGACUUCGACAUCGAUGAAGGGGAUGAGCCCUCCAGUGACGGAGAAGCAGAAGAGCCCAGGAGGAAACGGCGCAUAGUCACCAAAGCCUAUAAGGAGCCUCUUAAAAGUUUGAGGCCUCGAAAGGUCAGCACACCCGCAGGAAGCACUCAGAAGGCCCGAGAGGAGAAGGCUCUGCUGCCACUAGAACUCCAGGAUGAUGGCUCUGACAGUCGGAAGUCCAUGCGUCAGUCUACAGCUGAACACACACGACAAACCUUCCUUCGGGUACAGGAGAGGCAGGGCCAGUCCCGGAGGCGGAAGGGGCCCCACUGUGAGCGACCCCUGACCCAAGAAGAGCUGCUCAGAGAGGCCAAGAUCACAGAAGAGCUCAAUUUACGUUCACUGGAGACCUAUGAGCGGCUUGAGGCUGACAAAAAGAAACAAGUUCAUAAGAAACGCAAGUGCCCUGGGCCCAUAAUCACCUACCAUUCGGUGACCGUGCCGCUUGUUGGGGAGCCGGGCCCCAAGGAGGAGAACGUGGAUGUAGAAGGACUUGAUCCGACCCCUCCAGCUUCUGCCUUGACUUCCCGUGCUGCAGCCGGACCCGUCAUCUCUCCUGCUCGUUGCUCCCGGACCUUCAUCACAUUUAGUGAUGAUGCAACGUUUGAGGAGUGGUUCCCCCAAGGGCGACCCCCAAAGAUCCCUGUGCGCGAGGUCUGCCCGGUGACCCAUCGUCCGGCCCUGUACCGGGACCCUGUCACAGACAUACCCUACGCCACCGCUCGGGCCUUCAAGAUCAUCCGUGAGGCCUACAAGAAGUACAUCACUGCCCACGGACUGCCGCCCACGGCCUCGUCCUUGGGCCCUGGGCCCCCCCCUCCUGAGCCCCUCCCCGGCUCCGGGCCCCGAGCCUUGCGCCAGAAAAUCGUCAUCAAGUGAAGAGGUGUCCAGUGCUUAGAGGCCGCUUUCCUGCCCCGGCUCGGGGCUCUUGACGUUCCCUCUUCUCUCCGGGUUUCUCUCCUGUGUUAUUUCUGAUCUUUUUCCAGUCCUCUUCUGCAUUU